UGUUUCUGUUUUAGUUUUUGUGCUUCUGUGUUGGCUGCUAAGAGCUCAAUCUAUUUCUCAUUUGUUGUAUUGUUUUUGGCGCUCAGUUUCAGCUCGCCCUGAGCUGUUUUUGGUUGCGUAAUUAUCAAUAAAACUUGGCUGAUUCAAAACAAAAGGAAAGAUAUAUAUCAAGAUCAAAUGCUUGUGUCAAAUAAGUUUGAGGUUUGAAUUAUAUGACACUCGAAGAAACAACCAGGAAAGUAGACAUUUUCAAUAGAUGUGUGGUAUUUUGCAGUCUAUAAAUUAAUAUGACCGUUGUUUAUCAUUAUUCCACUUCAAAAUCAAAAAGUUUUCAAAGGGAGUUAAGUAGAUCACAAUGAAGCAGUUCGAUUUUCUCUUUUGUGUAGUGAGCAUUCUAUGCAUCAGUUUGGUAUGCGCUGAAAAUUUUCAUCUGAAGAAAUGCGUGGAGACGGAGAGGCAAGCUCUCUUAAGGUUUAAAGAAGCUGGAAAUGGUAGCCUUUCAUCAUGGAAAGGUGAAGAGUGUUGCAAAUGGAAAGGAAUUUCAUGUGAUAAUUUAACUGGUCAUGUAACGAGUUUGAAUCUCCAUGCUUUAGAUUAUACUAAAGGAUUGCAAGGUAAGUUAGAUUCUUCAAUAUGUGAACUGCAAUAUCUUAGUUCUAUAAAUCUCAAUAGAAAUAACCUACAUGGAAAAAUCCCAAAGUGCAUUGGUUCACUUGGUCAACUGAUAGAGUUGAAUCUUAAUUUUAAUUACUUAGAAGGAAAGAUACCAAAAAGCAUUGGGUCACUUGGUAACUUGAUAGAGUUAGAUCUUAGUGGUAAUAAACUUGUUAGUGUCAUUCCUCCUAGUUUGGGGAACCUUUCCAAUUUGCGAACUCUUGACCUUGGAUUUAAUUAUGAUAUGAUUUCAAAUGACCUUGAAUGGCUUUCUCAUCUCUCUAAUUUGAGAUACCUUGAUAUAUCAUUUGUUAAUCUCACUCUAGCUGUUGAUUGGUUGUCAUCAAUAAGCAAAACUCCAUCUCUGUCUGAACUUCGUUUACUCGGUUGUGGGCUCCAUCAAGCACUUCCUAAAUCUAUUCCCCACCUGAAUUCUUCCAUUUCUCUUAAAUAUCUCGAUCUUAAAGAAAAUGGUUUAAGAUCAGCCAUUGUGCCAUGGGUAAUUAAUGUUAGCAAAGUCCUCACAAAUCUAGAUCUCUCGUAUAAUGAAAUCGAGAGUAGCAUACUAAAAUCUUUUAGGAAUAUUUCUCAACUGCAAGAGUUACAACUAAACUCCAAUAAACUGUCUGGCAGACUUAGUGAUAGCAUACAACAAUUGUGUUCCCCAAAAAAUGGUUUUAAGUAUUUGGAUCUGAGCAAUAAUCCGUUCAUUGGAGGACCACUUCCUGAUUUUUCUUGCUUUUCGUCAUUGGAGGUAUUAUCUCUUGAAAGGAGCAAUGUUUUCGGGACAUUUCCAAAAUCACUUGUUCAUUUGCCUUCUCUUGCAAGAGUAUAUCUUUCCAAAAAUCAUUUGAAUAGUCUGGAUAUUAUUGAUGAUGCAUCUCUACCAACCUUACAAUUUCUAGAUCUCAGUUUUAACCAAAUGAAAGGAUCACUACCACUAUUUGAGAAGACUAAACUUGCCUCAUUAAAAUCACUACAUCUCUCCCACAAUCAGUUGAGUGGUGUGAAUAUCAUUGAUGAUGCAUCUCUACCAACAAUACAAUUUCUAGAUCUCAGUUUUAACCAAAUCAAUGGAUCAUUACCACUAUUUGAGAUUACUAAACUUUCCUCAUUAAAAAGAAUUGAUAUCUCCCAUAAUCAGUUGAGCGGGCCGUUUCCACAUACAAUUGGCCAACUUUUUGGUCUAAAAGAGUUACAUCUCUCUUCAAAUAAGUUGAACGGUGUCAUUAAUGAAACACAUCUAUCAAACUUAUCUCAAUUGAAAAUUUUCGAUGUGAAUCAUAACUCGCUUUCAUUCAACUUGAGUUCGGAUUGGGUUCCACCUUUCAAACUUGAAACAUUGUAUGCAUCAUCGUGCACACUGGGUCCUAAAUUUCCAACAUGGCUCAAACAUCAAGGAAAACUUGUGAAUCUGGAAAUCUCCAAUAGUGGUAUUUCAGAUUCAUUUCCUAAAUGGUUUUGGAAUCUAUCUUCAAGUUUGCAAUACUUGAAUGUUUCACAUAACAAACUUCAUGGACACUUGCCAAAAUACUUUCCAAGUUUGAAAGUAAAAGAUUAUUUUUUCAGUCAAAAGGUUGUGUGGGAUUUCAGUUUCAAUAAUUUGAAUGGUUCAUUGCCACCUUUUCCAAAAUUGCAUUCUCUAUUUCUCUCAAAUAAUAUGCUUAUAGGGUCCUUAUCUUCUUUCUGUACUUCCUUGUCUCAUAAUUUAAUUUAUCUAGACUUGUCUAGUAAUUUUCUAGCGGGGAAACUUUCAGAUUGUUGGGGAAAGUUCCAGGAUUUAGUAGUUCUAAAUUUGGCAAAGAAUAAUUUAUCAGGAAAAGUCCCCAAAUCAUUUGGAACUUUAGGAAAAAUAGAAUCGCUCCAUUUAAAUAACAACAACUUCUUUGGUGAAAUUCCAUCUUUGAUCCUUUGUAACAACUUGAAAUUAAUUGAUAUUGGUGAUAACAAUCUACAAGGAAUAAUACCAACGUGGAUAGGCCAUCAUCUUCAUCAAUUGAUUGUUUUACGCUUACGGGAAAAUAAUUUCCAUGGAAACAUUCCCACAAGUAUGUGCAAUCUAUCAUUUCUUCAAGUGUUGGAUCUCUCAAAAAACAACAUAACAGGUGAAAUACCACAAUGCUUUAGUCACAUAGCUGCAUUAUCAAAUAUAAAGUUUUCCAGAAAAGUCUUUCACUAUGUCUCAGUCACAAUAUUUAGCUAUCCAAAUAGUCAUGUUUUCGAAAUCGGCUCCUUCAAUCACAAUGUUGUAUUGGGAUUGAAAGGAUCAAAUAGAGAAUAUGGUAAAAAUCUCGGAUUGGUGACAACAAUUGAUCUUUCUUGCAACAACCUAACAGGAGAAAUACCCCACGAUAUACCAAAACUCGUGGCAUUAGUUGGUUUAGACCUUUCAGGAAAUCAUCUCACAGGAUUAAUUCCCAAAAACAUUGGUCAUAUGAAAAUGUUAGAAUCAUUGGACUUGUCAAGAAAUCAUCUCUACGGUAAAAUGCCAACAAGCUUUUCAAGUUUGACAUUUCUUGGUUACAUGAACCUGUCGUUCAACAAUUUAGAAGGGAAAAUUCCACUAGGUACUCAACUACAAACUUUUCAUCCCUCUGCAUAUGUGGGGAACAGUGGACUUUGUGGACAGCCACUCAUAAAUCUUUGUCCUGGCGAUGUGAUUUCUCCAACAAAAAGCCAUGAUAAACAUGCCACUGGUGAAGAUGAAGAUAAGCUCAUAACCAUUGGGUUUUAUGUUAGCUUGGUGAUUGGUUUUUUUGUUGGCUUUUGGGGAGUUUGUGGAACUCUUGUGAUAAAAACGUCAUGGAGGCAUGCCUAUUUCAAAUUCUUCAACAACUUGAAUGAUUGGAUCCAUGUCAUACUAUCAGUUUUUGUAAAUAGGUUGAAGAAGAGAUUUCAAGUGGAAGAUUAACUGGUAAGCUUCAUUUGAGAGUGAUAUUUGCAAUAUUGUCUUCAUCAAUAAUUGUUUCGUUUGGAACAUGCGUGGUAUUCUUUGGAGUACUCAACACAACCAUUUUUUUCUCUCUUCAGUCAUCUUCAGUUUUGUACCUUAUAUAUUAUAGAGUGCAGGAAGUCAUAUUUUCCAAUGUCUUAUAUCUUAAGUUCUCCCUAAACUACUGUCUUGUUUAUUGUUGUUUAAAUCCUCAUUUACAAGGAAAGGAAAUAUGAAUCUGAAUGUUUUGUUUUUGUUUUUA